AAUGCGUUUGCGAUAAAUAAGCGCAUUACGAAAUAAUAAAUGUAUAGUGUGAAGUUUUAUAAUUUUCAAAAAUUGAUUUUUGUUUUCAUUGAUUUGAAAUUGCUUCAAAUAGAAAAACUAAUAUGUAUUUGAUAGAAAUGCCUUGCAUACGAUCGCGAUAAUAAUUUGCAUUUUAUUUAUUUAUAGAAUUUAAUAACGCGUAUUGCAAAUAAUUCAAAUACAUAAAAAAUAUCCUAUAAUUUCCACAUUUUUCCAUAUUAUUAAAAAGUUUUUGAUAUUAUAAAUAAUAUAAUAAAAAAACGAAAUCUUAAACCAUGUCAUACUUAAAUGGAAAUCAGGAAGGAAAAUAUGGACAACUUGCUCAUAAAUUAAUAAAACUAGCUUCGAUGUCUAAUAAGAAGGUUGUACUUCGUCAUGAUGAUCAAUCUUCAGAUGUGUCUACCGAAUUGUUACAUGAAUUUGGUACAACAGAUGUAGCAAUUGGGGAUGUUACAGCAGAAGUUAUGUUAACAACAAUGGGUAAAAUUCCAAGUGAAAUGUAUGAUUUAGAGGAUACAAGUCCUCCUAUUAUAACUAAAUUAGUGCAUUUUGAAAAAACAUCUCCAUUUGCACGUGCAAUAGCAGUAACAGAACCAGCAUACCAUCCAGUUACUAAAGAACCUACAGGUCAUUCAUCGAUUUUAAUUGCUUUGUUAACUGCACUAUUGAUAAUAUUCUUAUUAUGUUGUAUCACAGCAUGUAUUAUAACUAAAUCAAAAAGAAAGAGUACUUUCUUUGGAAAAGAAGAUAUGGAAUGUGAACCAGGAUGUACUGGAAUGAAUCAACCUUUACUAGAUAAGAUUUCAAGCAGUACAAACAAAACAAGCUGUGCUUCUAUGCGAAACUAAAAAUCUGCAAUAAUUUUUUUUCGAAUAAAAUGCAGCCUUAAAGAAUCGUAACAUAUAAAAUAGUAAUGUAAAACAAGAUAUUUAUAUGUGUAGGCAUUGUGACGAGGCAGCACAUUGAAAAAUGGAAUGUUUUUUAAAUUGAUAUUUAGCAUAUAUCUACAAUAAUAAGUUUUACGAAAAAUAUAAAACAUUUAAUACAUUUUGACCCAAUAAGAAUCACAGAAUGGCAAAUUUGUUGAAAAUAUAUUCGAAAAAGUAACUUAUAUAUAACAAGAGAAGAAGCGAAAUGUGACUUAACCUAAAAGUAGACA